GUGUCAUCCAACAAUUAGUCCACACAAAAGAGGAACAACAACAGGUUAAAGUUAAAAUACUUUCAAACAUGUCAACAAAUGUGGGCAAAAUACGACUUAGAAAUUUAGUAGAGCUACAAGCACACGUUAUAGAUGAAAUCGCUGUAAGCAGUGAUGUGAGUGAAAUUAAGACACCAGAAAAAUCAAAAAGAGCGCGAAAAACACGCUCAGCAACAACCGCAAAGAAGAAGAGUAAUGUAACAACAGCGGCUGAUCCAACUAUUUCAACAAAUACAACAAUAAAACGCACUGGGAAAAAGGAGCCCCUACCAGGACAACUACGCAUUGAUGCCUAUUUCAAGAGCAGCGCAAAAAAUUACAAGGUAAACGCACUGGUAAAGACCUCUACAUCCGAAAGAGCGCCACGCAGAGGAUGUAAGCGAUUGUUUAAGGACGAAUCAGUGACAACAACUACAAAGACAAGCUCUAAGUUCGAGUAUUGCGCAAAGAGUAGCACAAAGCGUACACAGCCACCAAGAAACUGCAACGCAAAAUCCAAAGUAACUGAGCCUGUCGAUGGCAUCAUCGAUCUCUGUGAUCUCUCAAGUGAUGAGGAAGUACAAACAAAUGAGCAAAUUAAAAAUGUCAAGCCACAAGCUAUACUACAGCCAGUGCAGACACAAGCAAUGGUGUGUAUACCAGCGCCACUGGAAUCCCAUAAGACUGAUACCUCUAGCAAGGAAAAUGAGCCAAAAGGUCGUGCACGUAAACGCUGUCCUGCAUAUAAAGUCGUAGAAGGCACUACAUUUGUCGUAGAUGGCUUUCAAUUUGGCGACAUUCCAAAUGCAACACAUUACUUCCUUAGCCACUAUCAUGCUGACCACUAUGUAGGCUUGACGCGCAAAUUCGCCCAUCCUCUAUACAUGAGUCCCAUCACAGCUCGGCUUGUGCGCACUUUCAUACCCAUAGACAAUCAGUAUAUACAUGAAAUCGAUGUGGAUCAGACGAUUGUGGUAAAUGAUGUGGAAAUAACAGCCUUAGACGCUAAUCACUGUCCGGGUGCCAUAUUGUUGCUCUUCAAACUGAGUACAGGCCAAUGCAUAUUGCAUACGGGAGACUUUCGUGCCAGUUUCGAUAUGGAGUCGCUGCCCAUCUUUUGGAAUGUAGACAUUGAUCUCCUUUAUCUGGACACCACAUAUUUGGCUAAAAACUAUGAUUUUUGUCAUCAGACUGAAAGCAUUGAUCGUGCAAUCUUGUUGGUGCGCCAGUUUCAUGAAAAAAAUGCCAACAAACGCAUAUUGCAUGUAUGUGGAUCAUACUUAAUUGGCAAGGAAAAGGUAUGGCUCGCACUUGCUCAAGAAUUCGAUUUGCAAGUAUGGACUGAACCACAUCGUCGUGAGGCAAUUGAUUGUCUGAACUGGCCUGAACUGCGACAUUUACUCUGCGAUAAUGCCCACAACGCCAAUAUGCAUGUGAUAAGCAUGGGAAAGCUUAGCUAUCCGCAACUUGCGCAAUACUUUACGCAGUUUGAGGAACAAUACGAUAUGCUGCUGGCCAUACGUCCGAGUGGCUGGGAAAAGAACACAAAACCCUCAUAUGGAAAGCGUAUAAGUGUUAUUGGGGUGGAAUACUCGGAGCAUUCAAGCUAUAAAGAAUUGGAACGCUUUGUGCGUUUUAUUAAGCCAAAUCGUGUAAUUAGCACCGUUCCUGUCGGACGAGAUCUCUGUGUGACCGCCAACGUGCCUACCAAAUGGUAUAAAUACAAUGGACCAGGAGGUAUGCUGAGUAAAAGCUUUCAGCCAUCCAUUACAACAUUUAUGAACACACCGCACCGUAGAGUGCCCUUGCUAGCGAAUGACAGUACAGAAAUGGCUGUAAGCCCAGUGGAGGAACCCAAAGAGCUCAAUCCCAGUGAAAAUGUAAAGAGUUCUCCUCUUAGUCCAGCUGCAGCAACGCAGCUGGCUAAAAGGCUCACAUCGAAUGCUUCAGACGAUUUGUUACCAUUUGUAUAGUUUUAAGUAUUCCAAUAUGCGAAAACAAAAGUCAGUCUAAUUUUCUUUUAGUUUCCAUUAUAACACAUAUAUUAUCCGUUUGUGAGCAGGCAUAAUAUUUAUAUAUACAUUUGAUACACAUAAGAAUGUAUAUAUAUUUAUGUCUAACUUCUUUUUUUGAUUCAGUGUAUGUAAUAAUAUAUUUUUUACUAGAUGACAUAGUUAUACUCUUUGAUAGAGCCUAUAAAUAAUGUUAAUACCCCAAAGAGUAAAUUAUAUUAUGUUAUCUCGUUUGUUUGAUUUUCAUAAUGAUAUUCACAAUGUUUACCAGUUUAUAUACGAAAUGAAGAGUUGAGAUAAGGCAUUUUUUUUUACUGAUAUGUUUAAAGAUAAAUAAUACAAUUUUUUAUGA